UGGUAAAAACUUGAGGUGGAUGGAGUAAUGGAUUGGAGGGGGUAUAUUCCAGAGAUGAUUAGGAACAAGAAGUGGCAUAUUCAGUUGGAACCUUGGAGAUGGCAAAGACCGUUAGUUGUUUGUUGACAUUGAAAACCCACUGCAAAAACAUGCCAUUAUUUCCCACAUUUCGCCUUCCAUUCAAUUCAAGCAAACCCCUCUUUCUCUUUCCUGCUUUCAAAAGGAUUCAUCAAAGUCGCCACCUAAUCCGCUCUUUCUUCAUUCCUCCUAUACAUAUUCCCUUCCCAACAUCCCACCUUUGAUUUUUCCCCAUUUCUUCCUUUUUUUUCUGAAUUUAAUUAUUGGUUUGGUUUUGUUUUGUUUCAUCAAUAAGAUUUCAAUAUUGCCCCCCUCCCUUGAUAACAAGGAAAGAAUCUCCAUUAAACAAAUCAAACCAACAAUUAAAAUUUGAAUGAAAUAACAGCUGUUGUCUUUCCCAAUGUCUUCCUCCUGGUCCUCCAUUCUUACCAAUUACCCUCUUAUUUCUGCUUUUAUUGCCUUUGUUAUUGCCCAAACCAUCAAGUUCUUCACCUCCUGGUACAAGGAAAAACAAUGGGAUCUCAAGCAACUAGUGGGAUCUGGAGGGAUGCCUUCAUCCCAUUCUUCUACAGUCACUGCUCUUGCUACAGCUAUUGGGUUCCAAGAAGGUUUUGGAGGAGCAUUAUUUGCGACCGCAUUAAUCUUAGCCUGCAUCGUAAUGUAUGAUGCAACUGGUGUGAGAUUACAUGCUGGACGGCAGGCAGAGGUCCUGAAUCAAAUUGUAUACGAAUUGCCUGCUGAGCAUCCUCUGGCUGAGAGCAGACCAUUACGGGAACUUCUUGGUCACACCCCUCCCCAGGUUGCUGCUGGUGGAUUGCUUGGUAUUGUUACAUCUUUUGUUGGCUAUUUUAUUUUCCUGGAUGCUAGAUAAAAGUUGAUGCGCGUGCAUGUUAUAGAUAUCAUUUGGCAAUUGCGUUGAUGUUUGAAUUUGGACUGCCACACAAGCGAAACUUCAACUCCCCUGACCUUUUCCCCCAAAGGGUGAUUUCUCGGAUUUGAAUGCUAAGCUUUCAGGUGCUUAUAAAAGCAUGUUGUUACUUAGGAGUUUUAAUUCAUUUAACCAGUAGCAGUUGCAACUUUUAAAUGAUUUGUGUGGUCUAAUGAUGAUAGCUUGUUACAUGUAAAUGGAAACCCUGGGACUUGCUAAAUCUGAUCAAAUGUAAAUUGUUUCUGCCGUA